AUGACAGGUGAAGUCAUCUGGACGAUCGUCUUCGGUAUCAUCGCCACAACCAUUGGCCUCGUUACAAUCUGGCAGAAUUUCCAGAUCGUGCAGGUCAAGAUCGAGAUUCUACAAAGGAGUCAGAGUCGUGCGUGGUACCGGUAUGGGAUGUAG